AUUUUUCCUCAAUGAUGGAAAGUUUUAAUCUUUAUCCUUUCCUUUGAGAUAGAGGCAACCGAAAGAAAAAAAAAUUGUUUGAUUUUUUCUUUUUCUUAUAUAAAGUUUGUAAUCUCUACGAUCAUCAUCUUUGUUUUGUUGCUUACUCUGUUUUUUUUUCUCGCGUUUCAAAUAUAAUCAUUACUCUUCUCUGUCCAUAGAGCAAGAAAGCAAAAAAUGGAGAGGCUAAACUCGAAGCUGUAUGUAGAAAACUGUUACAUAAUGAAAGAGAACGAGAGGCUAAGGAAGAAAGCUGAGCUUCUAAACCAAGAGAAUCAACAGCUUUUGUUUCAGCUCAAACAGAAACUCUCCAAAACUAAGAACACUAAUGGAUCAAACAAUGACAACAAAUCAAGCUCUGCUUCAGGACAAUCUUGAUUUUAAAUCAAGAAAACGUUAGAGCAAAGAUCGGGAAUCCGUAGGAAAAAAUGAAGAAGACCCAGCCUUUUUUUUCUUUUUGGUUUUAUUUUGUUUGGUGUAAUGUAGGACGAUAACUAGUAUCCAGUUGUAGUUAUUAUGAAAGGAAAGAUUCUGUUUUAUUACAAGAAGACAGUGUCUCUCUGUUAGUCUUCUCAGUCAUAUUUUUUACUUUUGUUUCUAUUUUCUAUGUUAAUUAAAGAUCUUAUUGUGUGGGGUUUGGGACUUUAGGAUAUGGUUGAUUCUUGGACUAACAUUAGUACCCUUUUGCUCUCUAUUUAUCAAAUAUUGUCAAGUCCAUAUCAA